AUGGAGAGAGGAUCCGGCAAGGAAAUCGACUGGGAAUCCUGGGCGAUUAAGGACCGGAUGAAGGAGAUGGAGGAUUUCUACCAAGAUACCGAGGCUGCUGAGAGUAGGAGUGCGGAGAAUUUGUACCCAGAUACGGAGGGUAGCAGUGCUGAGAGUGAGAGUGAAAGUGAGGUUACGGGUGACGAUGAUUGUGGUGAUGACGAUGAGGAGAUUGGGAGUGAUGAUGAUGACGAGGAGAUUCCCAGCGAAAUCUGCAAUCUCACCAAGUACUUGAGAUUUUGCUCUCAUUAUGAGAACAAGUUGGCGCUGAUUGAAAAUGAAGAUGAAGAUGAAGACAAGGACGAGGACGAGGACGAGGAUGAGAAUGGGGAUGAAGAUGAAGAUGAGAAUGAGGAUAUAUCCGCAUUGGAGUAUCUCAAAAAGGAGAUAGCUGAUGAACAAGAAAGUUUCGGCGAAGUAUAUGACUGCUGGGAACGUGUAUGGGGUAGCAAGAUUGGAGGGUGCGGUGGCUUGGAAGAUACAACUACAUUGAGCCCUAUGUUCUUUACCCACAGCUCACCUCGUGCCGUCCCAUCCCCUGCUGCUAUUGCAGGGCGCACGUUGUUGAUCUAUUCCAUCAGGAUUCUGGAAAAGAAAGGAAAAACCUUGAAGUGGCCACUCAAAGUGUAUGGUGUGAUCGUUGCUCGAGACACGGUGGAUCGCAACCGCAACAUUCUAUUCUCUCGAUCAAGGUGUAACUACCAAAAACUCGAUAAACAAGAUUCUUCUCUAUGCUUGACUGGUCCAUCUCGUGCAAUUUUUGCUGUUGACACUGUUGACUUUGAAGUUGAACUCAAAAUAAAUGAGGGAGCCGAAGAAGAUACAACAUUGAUCAGUUCUUGCAACCACCUUUAUGACAGUGUAUAUGAUUUAAAUGUCCCUCAAUUGAGGUCCGCAACUGUUGAUAGUAUGUCUUCAAUAUUGAUCUGUGGCUGUUGGUGUGAUGCAGAAUUAACCUUUGAGAAGUUUGAUACGGCGGUCCAGGCCACCAUCGUGGGUGUUCACGUUGUUGAAGGGGGUUGGCCUUUCAAAUGUGGAUGCAGAGUUGCUUGCUCCUGGUCUUCUGCAACAAGGAAUAUUGGUCCCACUUCUAGGGAAGUUGUUUUGCUUGAUUAUCGUGGUGAAAAUAUGGAUGUGGGAUCAAAUGGUUACCUUCAUUUGUCGAGAAAUGUUGUUCCUGUGGAGUUACAAGGAACACUGAGGCUUGUCAUAGAGGCUUACCCGGAAGCUGGUUGUAAACCUGUAGAGGGUCAUGUGGAUUUCGGUGUCCAACAUUGCCAAACAAGCAACCUAUCAUGUGAAGUUGACAACUCUACGGUCGAGGUUACUGUUGCCUGGUCCCCCCUUGUAAAGGAAAAGUUGGAUCUGUUGGUGGAGGGCUAUGCUGCCGGGCGUGAUUGAAAAAAUUGUGUAUAUGGAUCCAACUAUUUGU